AUGACGGAUGUGAUGCGCGAAAUGAUCGCCCAGCUGAUGGGUGGCCAGAGGGCCGAGGAAGAAGGACGUAAUCUUCCUCCAUACGACCACCACUCCGUCUGCCGCGCUUAUCUUUUGGAUUGUUGUCCGCGGGAAAUACUAACAGAUACCAGGUUGGAGAAUACAGUGUCAUGCCGUAAGAUGCAUGAACCGGCCCAUCGGGCCGACUAUCAGAAAGCCCAGGAGAACAAACAACAUUACUAUGAGAUCGAGGUAAGUCGACUUAAUUACGGGCAGACCUCAAAGUUGUAGAGCUUACAUUCCUUCUUUUUUGAUCCUUCCAAGAAAGUCUGAAGUCGUACGUCGUUCUUUUUUUAUAAUUUUACCUUAUUUUACACUUACUCUUGAAUUACAGGCGUUUGAUGCGUUAGAAGAAGCGGUCAAAACGAUAGACCAUGAGGUCGAGAAGGUGCGGGAAAAAAUCAAAAAAGAUUCCGAGAAUCUUUCAGACACUCACGACUUUAUGAAAGUAGGUUAUUGUAUUUUUUCGAUUUAUUUUUUUAGGCGCAGAAGAUCAACGAACUUAACGAAAAGAUUGCUACUACACUUGUGGAAAUGGAAACUUUAGGAAACGAAGGAAAGGUGCAUGAAUCUGUCGAACUAAGCCGAACAAUCGGGGAAUUGCAAAGAAAGAAACAGGAACUCGAGGUAUGGAAAUGUUUCAAUUAAUCGAAAAUGUCCUUUUAGAGUGAUAUUAGAGGUGGACAGCCUUAUCAACAACGUUUGAGGGUUUGUGAAGCUUGCGGAGCCCAGUUGAACGUCCUCGAUCACGAAUCUCGCCUGGCAGAUCAUUAUGGAGGAAAGAUGCAUCUUGGUAUGGUGGAGAUCCGGGAGAAGUACGAAGAAAUGAAGAAGGUAAUUGAGGAAAGGAGAAAAGCCAAACGAGAGAAUUAUGAGCAACAACGAGGCUCGAGAACUGAUCGCGAGAAGGAUCGUCGAGACAGAGACCGGGAUCGUGAACGGUCGGACCGAGACCGAAGCGAGCGGGAUAGAAGACGCGACAGAAGGUGAGAAUGUACUAUUCUUGUAGAUAACUGCACUUAUGAGCAUUUUGCUUUAGACUUUAUGCCUCUUCCCUUUCAUUUUUUUUAUUCCAGUACAUUUUUUGAUAUUCAACUUCCAAAAAGUUGAUCUUCCUUUUCCAAAAGAUUAAUUUUAAUGAUUUUAUUAUUCAGCAAGUCUCCCCGCAGACGCCAUCGUUCUCGGUCUCCGGACCGGCGACAGCGAAGUUCAAGGGAUUACGACAGGUGAGGGCAUCAUAAUGUUAAGGACACCGUCUGACUAUGUCACUAUAUAAAUUGUUCCCUUUUCAGACGGCGGUAUUAA